AUGCGGAGCGGAGCCAUUGUACAUGGAAAUUAUUUGGGUGAUACAUUUGAGAGUGAUAUGCUCAUGGAAGAUAACAUUAGACGAUUAUUAUACUGUUGUGCUGCAGAGCGUAUUUAUUCGCCAAAAAAGUUUCUCACCAAACCAUCCUUUUGCAUUAUUGAUAUGCCUUCAGAAACUCGAACUCGAACAAGCGAUUUACCAAAAUCAUUGAAAAUUGCAGAUAGCAUUUAUCAGCUUGUUGGUAAAGUAUGUCAUCAGAGUCAACAUUUUACCGUCACUAUACGGACAGAUAAUGGUUAUUUUAAGUUUAAUGAUAUAAAUCCGUCAGGAAUGUACCGGUACGAUGGCGCAGAUGUGAUCGAGACUGCAAUAUAUUCCACAUAA